CUGUCAAACCAUGGCGGACGUUCGAACAGGUAACAGUCGAUAGCGUUAUUAGUUACCAACAAUGAAGAAGUUUUUCAAGAAAAUAACAAAAAAUCCUAGCAAAGAUCCUGCUCCUCCUGGAUCUCCACGUUUAGGUGCUGGCGCCCAACCUAUACCAGAGCUUGGAUAUGAAAUUCGUGAUAAGGAUUUACCAAAACUACACAAGGCAGCAUGGACAGGGGACAUAGCGAAAGUGAAGCAAUAUGUGAAAAAGGAUUGCAGUGCUCUUGAUAAGGAAAACAGAACUGCUCUCCAUUUGGCAUGUGUACAGGGUCACUCUGGUGUGGUACAAGAACUACUAGAAUGGCAUGCCAAGACGAAUGUUGGUGACAACGACAGUAAAACCCCGCUCAUCAAGGCGGUGGAGUGUAACCGAGAAGAAUGUGUGAUGCUACUGCUUGAGCAUCGUGGAGAUGUGGAUGCGAUAGAUCGUGAUGGUGACGCUAGCCUCCACAUCGCUGUCCGCAAUGGCUACACCAAUAUUGUCAAAGUCCUCCUCCGUAAUGGUGCCACUAUCGACAAAAAGAACAAGGAGGGUUGUACACCACUGCAUAUUUCCUGUAAGGGCAAGAAGCCAGAGAUAAUAAGGAUACUGUUGUUCGACAGCAAGGCAUCAGUAGAUGUUUCAGAUGUCAAUGGCAGAACUCCGUUGAUGCUGGCCAGUUAUGAUGGAUCCGUGACAGCUGUCCAGCUCCUCCUUCAGUGUAACGCUAACACAAUGAUCAAAGACACUAAAGGCUUUACAGCAGAAGACAUUGCAAUGAUGACGGCCCAACACGGAUGUUGUCAGUUAAUUCGUGACCACAACAUGAAACUACGUCGGUCCGUGAGCGGGGCCAGCAGUGUUAAUACUACCCCUCGCUCAUCCAUGGGAAUACCAAGUGCUACACCCACACCACGUGAUAAUACCAUCACCCCUGAAUUUGGAUUACCCAUCCAGCAACAGUCUGAUGAUGAAUCAGGAGAUGAAGAUGUGAGCAAGCUGUCAACUGGUGGAGAUUUCGAUCACUCCUGGGGAGACGACACUGACAUGAGCCUAUCUGUAGGGGACAAGAAGGGCAAGAGAUUGGCAGGCCAGCGGAGACCAGACCUGCCUAAGAUAAACCUAGCCCAUGCUAUGACCAAGUCAUUACCGCGAGACAACAUGAGUGAUGAUGGUGGAGGAGGGGACGCUCUACGAUCCUGCCUUAAACAGUCGAGUUCAUACGCAGAGGGUGGUGCCCAUGGCCAGCCAUCACCUCGGACACCAGUGUCCAAACAGGACUCCAACAAGUCACUCCAUUCUCAGACCUCUGUUGAGGACGACUGGUCGGACGAUGAAGAAGUGUCACAAAACCUCAGUCGCAAGUCAAACACUCCCCGUGUCACCUGGAAGGAAGGAAACCAGCUGUCAGAGAUGCAUGUGAUUACAGGGGACGAGGCAGAAACAACAGAUGAUGAUGACUAUAAGGUCACUGCAAAGAAACGUCAGAAGCUGGACCAGGGAGGUCACUCACAAACUCAAAGUGUGGAACAGGGAUACACCCCCACUGUAGCCGUGUCUGACAAACCUGGCAUACCUAUCACCCCUGAGCAGCACAAAGAAUCAGAGGACUUGAGAGCUUCAAAAGCGGUGCCAGAAGGCCAGGGUGCCCUGAUGCAGGACCUGGGUCUGAGUGAUGUGUCCGAGACGGACAGUGAUGUUGAGUUUCCUAGUGAGGUGUCCGACCAUCUGUUGGAUGCUAGAGUUCCACAACUACAGCAGGUAGUAGCUACACCUGUAAAACAGGCUUCAGUGGAGGAGAACGAGGAGGAACUGGAUUCCAUGGCUAACUCAGAACACUUAACACCUCGUCCGGGCAUCCUCAAAAACUGGAAGCAGCACAGUAAAGAACUGGUGGAACAGAACAGGUCUCAGCGGUCUGACGAUGUUUCAGAGUGGGACAGUGAUUUGGAAAAUGAAUUGGACCCUGAAAAAUCUAUAUCUGGAAAUGAGGAAUUAGACACUGUCAGAGAGCCACAACACAUUCAGAAAGGUGAGGAGGAAGAGGCACAGGAAGAGGCUAAAGAAGAAGAACAUUUCAUAAGGGAUAAAAACACCUCUGCAAGUCAUGACAUAGACAGCCAGAUAGAUGAAGCAGAUGUCAGUGACGAGGAAGAUGUUGUAGAGGUGAGGAGGGAUAUCGCUUUGAUGGAGGCUGGUGACUCUCCUACACACAUGGAAUAUGUAGAGAGCUCGGAUGAGGGAAGGGAAGAUUAUAGCUAUCAGGCAGAACCUGUUGGGUCUGUGCCUGAAGGAAUAGAUGAGGGGACUGAUGUGGAAUUGGAGGAGGAGUUAGAAGAUAUGGAGGAGACUAGUGUAGCUAUGGAGGUUACUGAGUUAGUAAAGGCAGAGAAAGUAGAGGAAAGGUCUGUAGUUGAUCUAGUUCAGGGAUCUGAUGAGGAUAUUGAUGACGAUGAGAUGACAGAUCUAGAGGUGGCACGUGUUUUAGCUGUUGAGGAACUCUCUGGCUCGUCUCGCAUGUCUUCCUCCCGCGCGGAGAGCCAGGUCAAGCAGAUGCUGCGUAGUGCGUCAGCAGAUACACUGGAGAUGCUACGAUCUGAUGAGGAUGAGGGCAGUAACUGGGACUCCUCUGCUGACGUGGCCACACCGAGAAAUCCGGUCAUUACUCAGACUGUGUCCAACUAUCUUCCUGGUGGAGAUGAGGAGGAUGAGGAUGAUGUUGAGGAGGUGGACUUUGUGGAGGAGGUUCCUUUGGAGACCGUCAAUGCUGCCAUACAAGAGGCUGCUGCACUGGAUGCUGUGUCCGUUGGAACAGUGGACAGUAACCAGUCAGCUGGAACAUCCGGGUCUAAACCAGAAACUGUUCGCGAGGUCCUGCAUAGGGCGGGGCUAGAUAAAGAUCAGGAUGAUGAUUCUGAGUGGGAUUCGGAGGAGGAGAUUAUGUCGGAGGAGAACCCAAACACACGUAUUCACGAACAGGAUCAUCCCCUCCCUAACAAUGCCACUGCUCCGAGGGCACAGCUGCAACAGGACUCUGAGGAAGAGGACGAAACAGAGGAAAUUAGUGAAUGGGAAAUCGAACGACAGAGGGAAAAGGCGGAACGUCAGAGGUUAGAGGAAGAGGAGGAAAGACUGAAGGAAGAAGAAAGAAAAAGACAACUGGAGUGGGAGGAGGAUGAAAGGCGACGACGGGAACAUCAGAGAAAGCUGGCAGAGGAAGAGGAGUUCGAGAUGAAGCUAGAAGAAGAAGAAGUGGAGGAAGAACUGAGAAAGGAGGAAGAGGAAGCCAUGAGGAUAGAGGAGGAGGAAAUAGCAGCAGCAGAGGCCCUAGAGAGGGAGAAAUCUGUCCCAGUCCGGGAGGUGGAACAUACACAGAUAGAUCUACACCAGCUCAAACAGCUCCGUCUCAAUCAGGAGGCAGAGAAGAGGCAGAAUUUCUUUGAAAAACUAGAUGAUGUUAGUUCUGAUGAGGAGUUUGCUAAUGAUCACAAAACUAGCCCCACACUGCCACCUACCACCUCCAUUGCCUCCCCUAAACGGGAAUUGAAGACAUGCAACUUUUUGAGUGUUAAGAAUUUUUUCAAGGAUGACAAAAAGGAAGCCCUGCCAAGCCCCCAGGCCACAUCCCCCCACAUCACUCCCACCAAUACCUACCAAGUAUCCUCUCAGCGGACCUUACCCAAGAAAGAGGAGACAAAACUGGUGGAAGUGGUUGCACAUGAAGUAAAGGAGGAGGCGAUAGUGCAGUCUGUGAAAUCACCUGGUCUCCGCUUCUCCCCAGUGCCCACCCCCACCAUGGAGAUGGCUCGUCAGAAAGGACCUGAGGCGACCAAACCCCUUGAGAUCCCUACACACCCUCCCCCACCCCAAUUCACCACUGUGUCCCCUCCAACAAGGAGCGAGGCACUCCCCCAGCACAAAUCCCCCACCUCCCGGCCCUCGCCCACCAACCCUACUCGCCUCAAAAUGUCGCUGCAGAGUGAUGGCAACAGUAUAGAUGAAGAUGACAGUGAUCUGGAACCCGACAGGUCGGACAUGGGGACGUACCUGAAGAAUCUGCCAACAUCCUACAGUUACGCCCCCUACAAAGGUCUCGACCUCCCUGACGAUGACAUGCUGUCCUUCACCUCCACCGAGAAUGGCGAGAGCUCAACAUAUGCCACCACCAACAUCCCAUAUGGAAAGGAUGUCCUGGCCAACAUGAACCUCAGUGAUCCAAACACAGUGAUAAAACUUCAGGAUCAUUUACGGGACCAGAGGAAGAUGUUGGAUCAUGAGAGAAACCAGCGACUCACUAUUGAGAGCAAAAACAAAUCUCUGUCAAAGGAACGCAAUGAAAUGCAGAAGAAGAUUGACACACUGAACCAGCAGCGUACAUCACUGGAGCAGGCCAAGCUUGACCUGGAGCAGAGAAUCAGGACCAUAGAAUACAGUCUAAAUGAGGAGGUGGAGAUGAGGAAGAAUGCCGACAUCCUCCUCAACAAGACCAAGGAACAGUUGGCCCGCAAGGAGGAGCAGUAUACAAGUGAGAUGGAAGGGCGCCAGAAAGCUGAGCUCCAGAUCAGGAACAUGCAGAUGGAAAUCAGAACGGCCACCAGUGCUGUGAAACAGCUGGAAGAUGAGAAAGAGACCCUGACACGUCAGUACCAACACGAGAAGAAUGCUCGUCAGCUUCAGGAACAGCUUAAUGACGAGCAACAAAAACUGCAGCACCAACUCCACACAGAACAAGUCAAGGCCGCUACACAAAAGACUGAUGCUGAAAAUCGGUUUGAAGUUGCUGAUGAGGACAGGAAGUACACUCAUGACCAUUUGGAAAAAGCUCGGGCAGAACUUAAUGCUAUGAAGAUGGAACUGGACAGACAGAGGUCAAGGUUCAAGGAUGAGAACGCCCUGCUAUCAUCGGAGAAUGAGGAGCUCCAGCGUAAGAUUGAGGACCUGAAGACUGAGAUUAAGCUGAACGAGGAUGCCUUGGCUCAUGCUACAGUCCAGUACAACUUACAGAUCAGCAAUAGUCGUAGUGAGGUCAACGUCCUCAAUGGUGUCGUGGAACGUGAGCGCCUGGCCAGGGAGAAGAGUGAUGCCCAGUUGGAAUCUGCCAAAAACCGACUACAUUCUGCUGCUAUGGAAUUGGAAAAGAGUGAACAAGCCAGGAAUGAACUUGAACGGCGUUACCAGGAUGACAAGGAGAGCUGGGAGGUCACCAAGGAACAGAAACAACGCGAGCUACAGGACUUACAGGAACAGAACCAGACAGUGGUGAGGAGGAGUCAUGCCAUUGAGUCCAAGCUCACCUCCGUGGAAAACGAGUUCCAUAUUGUCAGUGCAAAUUUGAUGGAGAAAUCCAACCUGUAUAAUCAGUCUGCCAAAGAUAUCCAGUAUUACAAAAGUGCCCAGGAAAGCUAUGACCAAAAUUAUCAGGUGGAAAAGGAACACAAUGUGAAACUCACAGUCAAAAUUGAAAAUCUCCAAGAAAAAAAUACAGGUCUGCAGCAUGACAAUCUCAGUCUGAAACAACAGUUAGAGACUGCCCAGCAAGCCCUGGCAGACCGGGCCGCAGACACUGGACAGGAGAGAUUCACCACAAUUCUGGCCAGCCUCAAGACUGAACAAGACAAGUCUCGUUUGGCACUGGAGGAGAGGAAUUCAUCCCUGACAGAAACAACAUCACGUCUCAGGGAAGAAGUACGAAAUUCAGAGGCCCGACGCACACAGCUGGAGCAGGAACUCAAUCGUAUGAAUCGCGACUAUAAUGACCUCAUCAGGAAACUUUCUGUGGCAGAGGCAUCGCUAGAUAUGGCUCAAAAGUCAAAGGAUUCCUUGGAGCAGGACAGAGGACAGCUGAAGUUGGAGGUAGACAGACUACACCAGAAGUAUGAGAUGGCCCAUGAGAAGUCCAUUGAAUCCCAGGCUCGCAUUACCGAAAUGGUGGAUAGGCUGGAGAGGUCAGAACAGAAUAACCUCUACAGCAGUCAGCAAAUCUUAAACAACUCCGCCAACAUGGAGGCUUUCUCCAGAACAAAGGAAGAGCUUGAGGACAGCUUUCAGAAGAUACAAGUUGAUAAUGUCAAACUACAGGCUGAACUGUCCCAUGAGAAACAGCGAGCAGAGAUGUUACAGAAAGAUUUACAGGACUCUCAGAGGGUUCGGAGCAGUCUGGAGGAGCUGUGUUCUAAUCUCAAGUCUUCCAAGGCCCAACUGGAGGACAAGCUCGGGCGUGAGCAGGGUGUUGAUAUGGAGUCUGUCACUCGCAACAUGAUGACACAGGAAGCUGAGAACAACAAGGAAUUAUGGGAAACAGAGGUUAUUUCUCGUUCUAAGCUUGGUCUUCGGAUUGUACAGUAUGAGAGACAGAGACAAGAGGCUGUCAGCCAACUAGAAGAGGAAAAGAGGAAAUGCAGGAAAGCAAUGGAACUAAAGAAAACAACAGAGGCCAAAUAUGAAGCUGAGCAUGAAAAGAAUGUCCAACUCCAGACAGAGAUCGCUAGUCUUAAAUCAUAUCUGAAAUCAGCCAAAAAGCGGUUAAAGACUGUAGACAACUCAGAAAAUCGCAUUAAUACUCUUCACACGGACUUUGACCAGGAAAGAUUAGUGAUGGAGGGAACACUAUCAACAGUCAGGAGACAGCUAAGUGAGCUUCAGCAGCAUGUCGAGGAGGAGGUAGACAGUAAGUCCAAGCUUCAGGCCAAGAAUCUGCAGCUACAGAAUGAGCUUGGCUCUCUCAAGCGACUACAAAAGACAGUAGAAAAACUGGAGCGCAGCAAGUCCAAAUUAGAGCAAGAGCACACAAUGUACAAGAGUCGAGUGGAAAAUGGCUAUGUGGAAAGGGAAGAGCUUGAACAAGUCCGAAAGGAAAUAGAGGCACGCUACCGACUCGAGCUAAAUCGCAAACUUGAUGAGGUAAACAGCUACCUGGAGGAGCAGGCUCGCUCUAGAGAAAAGCUGGACACCUCACGGGAUGAAACCGACUCAAAACUGAAACAAAUCAACAAAAAAUUACAGGAAGAGACCACAGCACUAAGAAUCAAGUAUGAGCAGAUUCUUGCGCAGAAGGAGAGUAAAGAUAUGGAAUCCAAACGCUACCGUGACCUUUAUGAGAGUGAGAUGCAGUGGAGGAUGCGCCUGAGUGAGCAGCUGAUGAAAUCAACAGACCGUGCAUUCAACUACAAAACAAAGUUAGUUGCUGAAAGGCAGAAAUCUCGCCUGUACAACAGCACCGGAGGAGGCAAUGUGUCAUUCUCGGGGAUAUUGAAUGGCCAGCUCUUAGAUUCAACACGCUUCUCCGGAACUGGGGAUGACAUCUUGGGCAACAAACUGAAGGCUGAACUUGACCGCAGCAUUGCUAAGCACUUAGAAGCAGGUCCCCAUGACAACAUCAAGCCUUUAAUCUCAAACACUGAGGAUCACGCUGUCAGCUCCUCGUUUGCCAAAUCGAACUCUGACUAUCUGGAGUUAUUAAAGAGGAAGUACUGUGUGUAGUAAAAUACUCCAGUCCGACCUCACAGCUUGUUUUUUCUCUAUAAACUUGUACCCAGCAUUACAGUGCCAUUAUUGCAGGUACUCUGUGAUACAUGAUUGUGUGUAGCAUCGCCAUUCAGGUGCUGCCUUCUGAAUGCAGUGGUCAACAUAUCAGUCAGAUUCCAUAGCUAGCAGUGGUGGACAUGUCACAAAUUGUCAAUUUCCAUAGCCCGCUGUGGUGGCCGUGUCAUUAAGAGUUGAUUACCACGACCACUGGAAGAAAAAUAUCAGGAGUACAUCUUCUUUAGCCUAUGAUAUCUUGUUCAAUCCACAGAGCAUGUUAUCAAAUGUUGUUCUUGGUUGUGAGGUGCCAUUUUAUAAUACUCAGCUGUGAGCACCGUUUAUAUGACUGAAGCUAAUAAAUAAUAGUUGUAAAUAAUGAUACAUCAGGGGUAGUCCAUAGGUAUAAACAGAUAAUAUAAAAUAUAUCUAAUCUAGGGUAAGUUUUACACAUCAUACAAUAAUUCUGCUCUGGAAAACCUCUUCAUUUGAUGAUUUUAUAAGGAUAUAAUCCUUCGAUUUGUCAUCACUUUUUGUGUGGAAUCUUAUUUUCGUGUCGCACAUGAUGAACCUUUCUUAAUGUUCAUUUCUCAUUUUCGUGAACUGUUAAAGGUUUUUUCAAAUUUAGGGGUUUUCUCACUGCUAUAACAGACUGGUGAAGCUAGACCAGCAUGCAUCUCUGUAGAGGACUAUAGGUGUAGUUUAUAACAUUUCACAUGAUGAUCUGCAGUCUUCUGCUGCUAUGCAAUAGGAUAUGCAAUUCUUAUGAUGGUACUCCUUUUGUUCGCAAUAACAGACCCGAAAAGGAAGAUAUUAUUUCUGUGUUAAUUUUAUGAUAUAAUUAGUGCCAGUUUUCAGUUAUUUGUGUAACAGUAAAUAUUGUUGUCGUAUUCUAUCCGUCCACUAUUUGUAUCUCUAGUUAUAUUAAAUGCAGUCAAACAGUUGUGAUAGUUUUACAAUGUACUAACAUAUCACAUUUUACAAGUCGCUGGAAAGCCUGAUCUAGGUGUUAUAUCUGAAGAUGUCCUGAUGAGAUUAUGGUUGUUGAAAAGUUGAUCAGUUCCGUCCCCAGUCAUCCUUUACAUUGGUGUAAUUUUAUUGUUUACAACGACCUUUGAUUCCUCUUUGGGAAUUGCAAAAAGUAGAAUUUUCCCAAAGUACAACUUCAUUUAUUUUACUAACUCAUACUGUGCCCUUCUGAAAGGACUGUGAGUGAAAUAUAAUCUUAAUUUUGAAUUAAGACUAAAAUAUACUUGAGUAGAUGUAAAGUAACUGGCCUACAGAUGGAAUGGCCAUAAAGUGACUGCAGUAAAGUCACACAGUCAUUUUGUACAAAUCCCUAACAAAUUUUCUGCUCACUUUGAUCAUUGCACUUAAACUUAUUGUCUGAUAAUUAAUAAUAACAGUUUUAUCUUUAUGUAUUGAAAGUGUAGAUAGAUGCGCCAACCGUGUUAUGUUCUCGAGGUUGUUAUAUAUUAUAUAUCCACAUGUGCAAUAUGUACUCAUUACAGUUAUAUAAGGUUGUGAGAGAGUGGAUCUGUCGUUAAAGUGUUGGCUGUCGACACCUCAUCCACUUUUAGUUGAUUUGUUUUAAUUUUCUGUUAGAAUGUAGGUAUAGGUUUUACUUAAAUAACUAUUAUAUAAGACAGUACAUGAUUAUCUCUAGAUUUUAUAAUAAAUUACUAUCUAUUUAAGUACACGAGUAUCUGUACUGUUCUAUAAGUACACGUGUAUCUGUACUGUUCUAUAAGUACACGUGUAUCUGUACUGUUCUAUAAGUAAUUUAGCAUCAGUUCUGUACUGUUCUAUAAGUACACGAGUACCUGUACUGUACUGUAAGUAAUUUAGCAUCAGUUCUGUACUGUUCUAUAAGUACACGAGUAUCUGUACUGUACUAUAAGUACACGAGUAUCUGUACUGUUCUAUAAGUACACGAGUACCUGUACUGUUCUAUGAAUACAUGAGUAUCUGCACUGUUCUAUAGGUGUGGGAGUAUACGUUUUACCUAACAACAAAUGCUAAAAUCUCAAAGUGAAACAUCAGUUUACUUUUACAUUUUUAGGGUGAAUUGGACAUUUUGAUUCAUCAAAUACCUCUGGAAUUUAAUUUCUGCUGAAGUAUGUGUUCUUAAUGUACAAAGAAUUAGCCUACCUCGGUAAUUUGGGUGAAAGGCUGUGAAGAUUUCAUAUUCUAAAAAUUGGGACAUCUUGACCAAUCUGGAAUGUUAUGUCAUGUGUUCAUUAGAAGUUAUGUUGAUCAUUUAGAUUGAAUAUCAUCUAAAUUGAAUAUCAUCUAGAUUGAAUAUCAUGAACCUUGAAUACAUUGUCUGCCUCUUCAUCCAUUUUUUUUUUCAAGUACACGUCACCAGUAUAAAUUCAUCUGAUCAUAGUCAAAAUGUGUAAGAAUACAUCUAUAUAGAGAGAACUCUUGGCCUUGUACCGUCACGUGACAUUGAUUCUCUGUAUGGACACUUGCUGUCAGAUAUAAAUGAUAUUGCAUUU